AUGAUUAAUCAUUUUGGUCCUACCUAUUUACGAAAACCAACUGAUGCAAAUGUUAAAGGAAUAUUAAAGCAGAAUCAGGAAAGGGGAUUUCCUGGAAUGCUGGGUAGUCUUGACUACAUGCAUUGGGUAAAUUUCAGUAUCAACGGGAAUCACUACACUCAUGGUUAUUAUCUUGCAGAUGGAAUUUAUCCAAAAUGGUCAACUUUAGUUCAAUGUUACCGCCAGCCACCUGCCGGUGAAAUGGGUCGUUCAUACUCGUAUUUCAAUAGAAAACAAAUGAAUCUGAGAAAGGAUGUGGAACGGGCUUUUAGAAUUCUGAAGCGGAAGUUCACAAUUGUUUGUGGGCCUUAUCAUGGUUUAAGUGCUCGUGAAAUGCAUAAGACUAUGCUGACUUGCAUCAUUAUGCAUAACAUGGUUAUUCAGGAGACCCGUCGUAAUAAGAAUUAG